AUGGCGGCGGCGGCGGCAGCCUGGCCGGAGCUGGAGGCGGCGGCGCGGGAGCGGCGCAGGGAGCUGGCGCUGCCGGGGCCGGCGGUGGCCGAGCGGGUGGCGGCGGGCGGCGGGCGGCUGCCGGCGGCGCUGCUGGCGCUGCCGCUGCUGCAGUCGCUGGAGCUGAGCGGCUGCCCGGCGCUGCGGGAGCUGGGCCCGGGGCUGGCGGCGGCGCUGCCCGCCCUGCACACGCUGGUGCUGAGCCGCAACGCGCUGGGCCCCGCCGGGCUGGCCGCGGGGCUGGGCGGGCGGCUGCCGGCGCUCCGCAUCCUCGACCUGUCCGGGAACGGCCUGGAGGCGCUGCCCGCCGCGCUCGGCGGAGCGGCGGAGCCGGCCCCGGCGGCGGCCCCGGCGGCGCCCGCGGCCUUCCCGCAGCUCCGCAGCCUCAACCUCAGCGGCAACCGCCUGCGGCAGCUGGGCCCGGGGCUGGCCGGCGCCGCGCCGCAGCUGCAGGCGCUGCUGCUCAACGGGAACCGGCUGCGAGCGCUGCCCGGCGGCCUGCUGCCCCCCGCGGCCGCCGGCCCCUUCCCGCUGCUCAGCCGGCUGGAGGCGGCCGACAACGAGGUGCAGGAGCUGGGCGCAGAUAUCGCCGCCCUGCCGGCCCUCAAGAGCCUGGAUGUGGCCAACAACCAGCUGCGGGAGCUGCCUGCCGCCCUGGCCGACUGCCCCCGGCUGAAGGAGGCCAACUUCAGGGGCAACCAGCUGAGGGACAAGCGGCUGGAGAAGAUGGUCAACGGCUGCCAGACCAAGGCCAUCCUGGAGUACCUGCGGGCAGGGGGAAAGGGGAAGGGGAAGGGAGACAGCUCCAGAGAGGAGGCCAGGAAGAAGAAGAGGGAGAAGCAGCAGAAGAAGGACGGCGGAGAUGGGGAGCAGGAUGAGGUGGAGGAGGCGAGCAAGCUGCUGGUGAAGGUGCUGCACGUCUCCGAGAACCCAGCACCCCUGGUGGUCACAGCCAGCCCGGCGGUCAGGGACGUCCGAGCCUUCAUCGUGUGCUGCGUGCUGCGGGGAGUCAGCCUCCGGCCUGGCAACGCGCUGAGGAGGUUCCUGUCCCUGCAGACCAAGCUGCAUGAAGACAUCUGUGGGAAGAGGACAGCAGCCACCAUUGCCACCCAUGACCUGCAGCUGGUCAAAGCCCCUCUGACCUACGAUGUUCAGCCUCCUGACCAGCUGAAGAUAACCCCCCUGGGGCGAAAGGAGGUCAAGGCAAAGGAUCUUCUCCGGCAGCUGCAGCUGGAAGCGGAGGAGCAGAGGAAGCAGAGGAAGCGUCAGAACGUCUCUGGGCUGCACAGGUAUCUGCAGCUGCUGGAUGGCAAAGACAACUACCCCUGCCUGCUGGAUGCUGAGGGUGCUGUCAUCUCCUUCCCACCAAUAACCAACAGUGAGAAAACCAAGAUCAGGAAGGAAACCAGGGACCUGUUCCUGGAAGUGACAAGUGACACCAGCUUGCAGAUCUGCAAGGAUGUGAUGGACCUCCUCAUCCUGAAAAUCGCAGAGCUGAACAGAUCUACCCUGGAGAGCAAGGAGGACUCGGGCUCGGACGACGACUCUGAGGCUCUGCAGGGGCCAGGGAGUUCGAGCAGCCAGGCAGAGAGCCUCCCCCUGGUGGUGGAGCAGGUCCGAGUGGUGGACAGGGAUGGAAACCUGAAGGUGCUUUAUCCUUCCAAGUCUGACCUGGCCUCGGCCUCCUCCCUGCUGACUGUGCUGCGCUAGCGGCGCCCGGAGCAGCCCUCUGCUCGGCCCUCUGCCUCUCCACCUCUGCCCCUCUGCUCUGGGGGCCCUGGCAGCAGAAGGGGGGAGCCCAGCAGGGGCCAUGCUGCAGGCCAAGCUCCUUCACCACCCUCUCCUCCUGGGCCCUGCAGCAGCUGUGGGACCUGAGGUGCUGGCAGGACUGGAGGGGGAGUUGUGCAGCGCUGCUCUCUGUGCUCAGACACAAACACAGCUCCUGUGUGGGAGUGAAGCUGGCUGCAGGGCUCUGUGCCUCCUGCUGUGGUCCAGAGCCAUUCUCCAUCCUGCUGGAAGUGCUGGCUGCAGUGACCUUCUUGUGUGCCUGGUGGAGCACAGCAUGCAUCGUUGCUUCUCAAGUUCAGCUCCCUCCUGAGGGCUGCUCCUGCCUUACCCCAGCACCACCAGAGCUCUGUCUGCUCAGAGCCCAAGUGCUCUUGCUCAGAGUGACCCUCCUGGAGCUUCAUGUCACAUCCCCAGGUGAUGAGUGCUGGGAACACCUCCCCUGACACACAGGUGGUGUGAGGGGCCCUGAUCUUUGCAGGCUGUGGGUGACUUUUGCAUCCAUGCCUGGCUGAACAGAAACCUCUCCAGGAGCUGAGGUGAUUGCCCUGGGCACUGCCUGGGUGAGCACAAAGCUCUCCAGGAGCUGAGGUGAUUGCCCUGGGCACUGCCUGGGUGAGCACAAAGCUCUCCAGGAGCUGAGGUGAUUGCCCUGGGCACUGCCUGGGUGAGCACAAAGCUCUCCAGGAGCUGAGGUGAUUGCCCUGGGCACUGCCUGGGUGAGCACAAAGCUCUCCAGGAGCUGAGGUGACCUGGAGAUGGAUUUUUGGCAGUGAAAAGUGCUGUAAAGCUCAAGCUGAACUUGCAGGUGCUGUGUCACAUCCAUCCUCCUGUUGGGGCCUGGACAGUGCAUGGAAAAUAAAGCAGCU